ACUUGUGAUUCGUAUUUUACAGAUUUGUGUAUAAAUAAUCUGAUUGAUUUCUCGCAUGAUCAGGAAACAUGGAUAAACAUAAGGAACCCGUUAAAUUGGAAGACAACUUCUUUACAACGGCUUGCUACGUUAAGCUGUUUGGGCACAGCAACCUCUCCUUCUGCACUUUUUGCGGGGAAGUUGUUCCGAGCAGCAAUGAAGAGAAACAUAGAAGAACGCCACAGCAUAUGAAACAGAAAUUCCAAGACAUGACUCCUACGAGACGCCGGAAGAUUGAAGCUAUGUGGCACCAAGCUAAAAGGAAAUAUCCUUCAGCGCAAAAUGUGAAGGUAACAAUGAACUACUAUGACAAUCUUCAAUGCGCCCCAUGCCGGAUGAGUUACUCGAAGUUGAUCAACAAUUCAGUCACGUCAGAAAUGGAAAUUAUCGGUCUUGAGUAUGCAGUUGAUGUGCAGUUCCAUGAGAAACCGUCGGAAUUUUACUGCACACUUUGUGAAACUCGCGCUUUCCAGACGCCCGGGAUGCUUUUUAGUCACUUGGAUUCAUCUACUCAUCAACUGAAGUAUCUGAGUAAGCAUCUCGGGCAGUGCAUUGAGUACAUUCAAGAUUCAAGUGAAACUAGUGCUGAAGGUCUACUUCAUCGAGUCGCGUGUGCUGCAAAAAUGACACAAGGGUUCUUGGGUGCUUGUGCGGUCAAUUCUCGUGAUUGGCAGGACAAUGAAGCAGAAAUUUCUGAAUUUAUGCGCGGAAGGGCGCACAUACGGGAUUCGGAUGAGCUGCUGAGGAACUUGCAUCAUCAUAUGUGUUCAUUUGGUUGCUCAGUAACAACUGAAACGAACUGUGAAUGGUUAUCUUACGCCACUCCGUAUUUUAGUCCUGCGUAUGAGCGUUGGAAUGCAGAAAUGACGCGUCAAGAGCAGUUGGAUUCACAAAUGGAAAAAAUUGUUUUACCACCUGAUCCCCGGAGAAGGAAUAAUCAAUGCCCUCCAGUCCGCAAAGAAACCGCUGCUGUGUCAACUCUUCAGAAAGAUCCACGUCGCCGAAUCACAGUGAAUGAUGAAUCGAAUGCUUGCGUCCCAGCUGUUCCAGAUGUGAAGCCCAAUGUCCAGAAUUUGCAAGAAAAAGAGCGAACUGCAACAUCCCGAGAUGCCCCGUCUCCAAAGCGAUCUGCUGAAAGAAGAAUUCAAAAUGAGGCAUCGAAAAUAAUACCAUUGGGAAGGGCCAGGAUGGAAAUCGACGCCACAAUUGCUCAAACGUGCCCCAAACACUUGCGCAAAGAUUUGGAACAAUCCCCACGUAAACGGAGGAUUUCCCCGCGCGCUUCAUCGGGUGCAUUUUCUACCUCUCCAAAGCCCAAAAAAAGAUUUGAAAUUAACUCGAUGGGAAACACCUCGAAUGUACUCCGGCGAACAGUUAUUAAAACGUUCAUUGAAGAGAUGGAUGAAUCUGUGUUACCACCUGUGCCAGAAAAUCUUGCCGGCGAAGAACGGCGGUUUCAAAAAAUUGAAGAAGAGAGCGUUGAUGAUGAUUGUAAGGAUGACAUUUUGUUGAAAUCUGCAAAUGAUUCAAGCGAAUCAUCUGGCGAAGAAGAUGCCCCUCCGCUGAAUACCAGAACAGAUGAUCGUGUUGAGCUGAAAGACAAGCAAGAUGGUCAUGCGAAAGGUUUGGAUUCAUUGGCCGCAGUUCUUCAAGCCUGCAAAGACUGUUUAGCUGCUUUCAAGGAUUCUGGAAAAUUCGAAGAGCUGUUCUCUGAGAAGGAUGUGGAAAAUUUCUACCACAUUAUUGAACCUUUCUUGCAUUUUCAACUACCUGAAUUAAGUUUCUUCGAACAAAAAAUUGUUCCAGAACUCCGAGGUUGGAUUGACUCUUUGAAAUGGAAGAUGGAAGAUGAUCCCUCCGAUUCCGAUGCAAAGGAGGUUCACAGUAGGCUGACACAUUACCUCCAUUUGCUGGUUGAAAAUGCAAGUGUUUGGUGUUGCACGCUCAAAGAAGAAGUCUGA